AUGUCGUUAACAACAUCACAACAACAAAAAAUGAAUUCUUUUAAACUUUACAUGGAAUUAGUUAAACUACUUGAAAUUAAUCAAAAUGGAAGACUUAUUUUACCAUUUGCUCGUCGUUUGAUUCUAAUUGAUCGUCCAAUUAAAAAAACAUCUGGUAACAAACAUUAUGAUACAUGUAUGCUAUGUCAACGUCAACCAUAUGAACCUACACCAUCAACAACACAAUCUUCUUUAUCUAGUUAUUGUGAAAAUGGAAGUGAACAAAAUACAACAUUUGGAACAAUGUCUUUACCACCGUCACCAUUUGUUUGUGAUCCUUAUGAAUCUUAUGACUGGGAAUGUUAA